GGAAAGUGAAAUGACGAAAUUAACGUGCCGCACGAGUUGCACGGCGUGACAUGACAAAAAUUCGCCAGUAAUAAUCGCCAGAUAAGUGACCUAAUCUUACCGCUCCAGUAUUACCCUAGUUUUAACCGAAUUAUAGUCAAAACUCGUCAGUUUUCAGGGAUGGCGUAUAGUGAAGCCUUUGCCAAAGCGGCCGAGAGGGGCCUUGUUCCCCCAAACUAUGUAAAUAUGGGGCUUCAAACGGCUAAAACUAGACAGAAAAUGUUUCGCCAUUUGAUGGACCAGAGAAAAUGGCCACAAGAAGGAUGGGAUGAUCAGACCAUUGAAAUUCUUGUGAACGAAAUAGCUUCAAUGGAUAGCAAUAACUUUAUUUCAAAAGGAGGCGUUGGGGAACGAGAGGGUCGCAUAUAUUCAAAUAUUGUUUCUCGUCGUCACUUCGGCAUGGCUCAUGGGAUGGGCAGAUCUGGCGAUUUGGCCGAGGCACAACCAAAAGCGGCCGGUUCCAGUUUGCUUUGUACUCUCACAAAUGCACUAGUACUUGAUUUGAUGCACACCUUCGUUUGUGGUAAGGUUGUGGAUGCAAUGGUUGUCCCAAUGGCUACUGGGAUGACGAUCAGUUUGUGCUUGCAGACGAUGAAGGAGGCCAGACCCAACGCAAAAUGGGUCAUAUGGCUUAGAAUUGAUCAAAAAUCGUGUCUUAAAGCUAUCCAAUCUGCGGGCCUAAGUCCAAUAGUUGUUGAGCCUAAACUCGUCGAAACCUCACUAGUAACUGAUCUUGAAAUGAUUGACAGUGUUAUCAAAGAAAGGGGAACUGAAUCAAUUCUCUGCGUAAUUUCCACUACAAGCUGUUUCGCUCCCCGUGAUUGCGACGACGUUGGAGGAGUUGCUCAACUACUAAAAAAUACGCCCAUUUUCCACUUGGUUAACAACGCUUAUGGAAUCCAAAGCUUAGCCUGUGUAAGGGCAAUUGAUCGAGGUUGUCGAAUGGGUCGAAUGGAUAUUGUUGUGAUGAGUACCGACAAAAAUUUAAUGGUUCCUGUUGGAGGUGCAAUUGUUGCCGGAUACUCGAAAGAGAUUAUCUCUCAGAUACAAAAAUCAUACCCAGGUCGUGCCUCCUCUAGUCAGAGCUUGGAUGUGUUUAUUACCAUGCUAAGCAUGGGGGUUAAAGGGUACAAAGCAUUGAUCACUAAACGAGCAGAAAACUUUCUGUACUUGCAAUUGAAAUUGAAAAGUAUUUGUAUGGCCCACAAACUGCAAAUGCUACUAUCAAAAAACAACGAUCUUUCGACAGCGAUAUCCCUUGGAGAUCUAACUCGGGCCGUAGGUGUUACAGAGGCUGAAAUGCCAACAUUUUUCACCAAGCUGGGAUCACUGCUAUUUUUUCGAAAUGUUCAAGGGGCUCGAGUAAUAAUUCCAUCCCAAACUCAAACAAUUGGUCAGGUUGAACUUGAAGGAUGGGGAUGUCAUAGUCCAUUGUACAAACUUCCAUACUUGACUGCUGCAUCUACACUAGGAAUGGAAAAAGCGGAUGUGGAUUUCUUCAUUAAAAAGCUUGACGAAUGUCUAAAAAUGUUAAAGAAACCGAGGACAGACUAGCAGUAUUUCAACUAUGAAAAAAAUUUAAAAAAAAAACAGUUUUAUGAAGACAUAAUAUGCACUCGCCUACCUCAUGCAACGCCAUCAAAUGUCCACGUUGAAACUUUUAUACUCUUGCAUCUAUUCUGUUACUUAAUACUUUAUGAUAUUUAUUUGCAUUGUUACAAACCACAGUACAAACUCACUUGUAUGUAUCACAUUAUCCUUAAAUAUUAGUCCACAUAUACGUUGCGGUCAGAUUAGUACCUUAAAAUUUUUUAAUCCAUCACACAGGGUGACAUUUGUUGUAUUUUUUUGUACAAUAAAAUGUUUUUUUUUAA